AUGGUGAAGUCAAAACUGUCCUUGGAUGAGGAUCUGCAAUCGGAUGGAUGGAUUCCUGUCUCUCUACUCUGCCCUCUCGCUCUCACGCGUAUCAAAACCCCUGUGCGAUCAGUGAACUGUGAUCAUCUGCAGUGCUUUGAUCUGUCCUCCUAUCUGACAAUCAACAAGAAGCGUCCUCGAUGGUCCUGUCCCGUCUGCAGUUCACCCGCCCCGUUCCGCGAUCUCCGACGCGAUGACUUUUUCGUCAAACUGAUGGCCGAUGGGUGUAUGACAAAUGUUGAAAUGGUCCACGUAACUGCCAAUGGGUACCUGCCAGGAGCCUCUACUCUCACGAAAUAUGGUUCCGCUGCUCCCAUAUCCACCAAAGAAUUAAUUCCAAAAAUGUCUUCUUCUGCCAACUCGACAAUUGCUGCUGAUCCUCCACUGCCCAAUGAGAUAUCUAUGAUGUCGCCGUGUAUAUUGGAGUCAUAUUUCUUGCCCAGGCCCGGGACACCAGGAGAAUGUGAAAUUUAUCCAUUCAAUGGCUGUGUCCUUCUCCUUGACGACGAUGAUGAAGAUCAGGAGGGUAACGUGACCCAACUCGCUGAUGUCCAUUCCAUUGCUGCCACCACCACUGAACAGUCCGAAAAGCGUACUUUUGUGGCGCUUAAUUCUGCACCAAGAACGUAG